AUGCUUUGGUUUAUCGUCAACCCGCUCUUCGAGUUCCACCGAUACGCCGUUCGUACGAGUGAGACGUACCUCAUCGCUGCUGCUGCUGUGGCGUCGGUGCUUUCCACAUCUUUCUCCUCUACCGAGGGACUUCGUGAAGACUCGGAUGACGGCAUCCGGUCUUUUGAAGCCCUGGAAGGCUGGGCCGAGCCCUACAUGCCUCCACUGCGGGGUGAUGACGACGACGACGAGGAAAUUGUUGAUGAGGGCGGAGGGCGCCGCACGACGAAAGGAACCACAGGAGAAGUGGGGGGAGGGGGAAGGGGAGGAGGAAAGGGUGGCACUAUAGGAUUCGCGGCCGUGAAAGAUAUUGGCGUUUCAGUGGAAGAGGCGGAAGAGGCGUGGUCCUUGCUUACAGCGGGGCUGGUACACGGUCGCGGCGUUCUUGGCUCCUCGCACCGCGCGGCGACGGCAACACCAACUGCAAGAGACGGGGGGGUGGGCGGGCGCAGCAGCGUUGAACGCGCUCUGUCGUUGGAUUUCUUUCUCCGGGUGGCGCCGAUGGGGCAGACGAAGCUGGCAUCGACAAACCCUGCCAACCAAGCUCCACAGCAGAAGGCCGCGCAACAGCAACAGCAGAGCUCCGAAAACGUGGCAGGGAGGUUAACGGCAUUAGGCAAAAGGACGAAGAAGACGACGCAGUCAUCGUGGGCGAGAGAGGGCUGUGUAGGCUCGUCCAGGCAUCGGCAGCGGCGGCCGCGGGCACGGCGGUUAGCCGAUGAAAAAGACGGUGUGCAUGAAGCAGAGAACCAAGUGUCGUCGUCGACGGUUCUCCGCGUCGGGUUGGUAGCUCUCCGGCGGGUACAAGCAGGGGAAGAGCUGUUCGCUCCGUACAUCGCCCUCGGCCAGCCCAUGCAAGCACGCCAACGAGAGCUGUCCUCGAGGUUCUUUGCUGGUCGUUCUACUAGCGGUGGCUUGGCUGCGGCUUCCGCUACUGGUGCUGUUGCCUCUGUUUCCGCGGCGACUGUGGCGGCGGAGGUGGCAGACAUAGCGCCGACCGGGUCUUGUUCCUUGCCGGGGUUGUCUUCGCUACAGCGGCAGCCGCCGCAGCUAGUGUGUAACUGCCCGCGUUGCCUUCUUGAGGCCGGGGGUGAUCAUCGCUUGUGUGGGCGGGAAACGCUCAAGGUCCUUGCGGACCAAGCUCUCGAGGAGGGACGACACGAGGCCGCGCUUGGGCUGUACCGAGCGUCGCUCGCCGCUCCGCCCCCAUCCCCCUCUCUUGCUUCCAAGGCCUCCUCGUGCACCCCGGCCCCUGUCGCGGCCGCCACUCGAGCCCCUUCUGGAGCGAACAACAGCGGUACUACUCGCCGAGAGGGAGGACAUUUGACAGCCUGCGAUCCAUCGUCCUCGAUAGCAGCGGCCGCGGCCGCGGCGGCAGCAGCACCUGGAAACGGUGAAGGAGAAGGGGGAAACGACACCUCCGCGGCACGGAUGGCUGCAGUCGCGAAAGACGAAUCUGGCGGAUCGGAACCAGCAGCGGCAGAACCAGCCGAACAGCCAGAGCAAGAAGUGGCGGCAGCCGUGUUGAAGGGUGACGCCCUCCACGGUAUAGGGGUGGCACUCUUGGCGGCUGGGAAUUUCAGGGAAGCGUGUCGAGCGUGGGAAAGGGGUUUCCGCGACGCGCCAAAUCACCCGGCGCUUCGGGCGCAAGCGGAAAAGGAGGCAGCUUACCGCCCAAAAGCCGAGAAUGGCGCCAACGCUGGGGAAUGCGGAGGGGCGGAGGGCCCAUCGCCGGAGAAGCAGGGGAAGAGGAUAAUUAGCGCUUCUCCCGCGCAAGGUUUAUACGGCGAUACCAGCGACGACGACACCCAUCUAUGCUUUACGUCGGUGCCGGGAAGGGCUGCUGACAUCUUCCUCAGCCGAGAGCGGGUACUGUCGCCGGAGGAAUGUCGUGGUGUCAUCCAAGCGGCCGAGGACUAUUCACAGGGAAACGGGGGCUGGACCACGUCUCGGCACUACGCCGUACCCACGACCGACCUACCGGUGCACGUCCUGAAGUCCACGCUGCCGUGGUUUCGCUCCCUCGUCAGGAAGCGUUUAUUUCCGGCCCUGGCAAAGCGGUUCAACCUGGCCGCUGGCCCUCAAAGAGUUUUCGUUCACGACGCAUUCGUCGUGCGUUACGAGGAAGGGAAGCAGCGCCACCUUCCCCUCCACCGCGACCAGUCCACUCACUCCUUCACGAUAGCCCUCAACGGCCUGGACCAGUACACGGGUGGGGGUACCUUCUUUCCGUCCCUUGGUCGGUCCCUCCGCCCCGCCGAGGGCCACGCCUUGUCGUUUCGAGGAGGCAUUCUUCACGGCGGGGACCCUCUCCUCAAGGGCGUGCGCUACAUAAUCGCCUGCUUUUGUUACUACGACGACGGUGGUGACAGUGACGAAGAAGUAGCUCGUGAGGGAGGAGAGCUAGGUUCCGCAGACUCAAGGCCAGAAGCAAAGGGUCGAAAAAACUGCAAGAAUAUUGAGGGGAAAACGCUCGGAGGCAGCAACAGCGCAGUCGAGAGUAGCAGCGCUGGAAGCGGCAGCACUAGUCCCGCCGAGAGAAGCGGUGGCGAGAACGGUAGGGCCGGCGGGGGUGGCGCCACAAGAGAGGGGAAAGGGGCCUCCGUCACAUUCCGUAGCGACAAAGCGUUCUCCUUUGGUUUUAGCUUUGGAUGA